CUCCACCUGGCAACCCUGUGCCUAACAGUGUUUAUUACAAACCGGGAUCGCAAUUAUUUCCCAGAGAUAAAUGUCCUGGCUUCUCAGUAAGUUUAUCGGACCGACUCGGAUCACUCAUGCCGACUGAAGAUUGUUGCCUACUUCUCUGCAGAAGAUGACCAGCUCUGUCUCUUUAUAAGGAGAAGACAAGCCAUCACAGCCACCCACAUGGUUAAAACAACAUCAACUCAAUAUGGAGGAAGGAGAUUCUCUGCAUAGCGUUAACCUGAAUCAACUCAAAAUGGAGGAAGGAGAUUAUCUGCAUACCGUUAACCUGAAUCAACUGAAUCGACUCAAAAUGGAGGAAGGAGAUUCUCUGCAUAGCGUUAACCUGAAUCAACUCAAGAUGGAGGAAGAAGAUUAUUUGCAUAGCGUUAACCUGAAUCAACUCAAAUUUGAGGAAGGAGAUUCUCUGCAUAGCAUUAACUUGAAUCAACUGAAUCAACUCAAAGUGGAGGAAGGAGAUUCACUACAUAACUUUAACCUGAAUCAACUCAAAUUGUCCACUGCUGUUUCUUUACCCAUCUUGAGACUCCACAGACUGACAAAGGAUCAACUGUCUCUCGCUGCUCUGAGACUUAACCAGAACAACCCAAAGAAGAAGAACAACAAACCAGGCAGAAAACCAACGAAGAAGAAAAACACCCCCACCACCAGCAGAGGAAAGAAAAAAUCCACAAGAAAAGGAAACAACUCUGCUGACAACAAAAGCGUUUCUAGCCAGGUAUCACCAUUGCCUAGAUGUCAGCGUUGCCCAAAGGGAAGCAAAAAUAAACCCAAGAUAACUCUCGAACUCUCCCGCACCAACUUGAGGCCUGACGCAGUAAAACAAGAGGUGAAACAAGAGAUGGACGAUCUGCCUAUCGGUACAAGAAGUGAUGAACACUGUUUGAACGCUUUGAAGCCAGAGAGCUACGACCCAGAGAUGGGUAACACCAGGGGACCUCCUACAGAGAGCGACUCCAGGACAGAUGCACAUCACCUGGGUAUCAAGACGAAGGAUGCCCCCCUGUACCACCAGGAUGGAAGGAGGCGGCUGCGGUCGGCUACCGUUCAGUCAUUCAAUCCAGCUGCAUUGCGGUCUGACCUGGAAUGUUGGCCUCGUAACCAGAAGGUCCCCAGGUUCCCAUGUCCGGACUGCGGCCAGAAGUUCUUCUCCAAACUGCAGUUUAAGUUACAUUCCCGAGCCACACACAGUACCGGCUGUACUCCUGUGAGGACCUUCACGUUCAAAUCCAACCUGACCCGGCACAUGCGGUUCCACAGCGACACACGGCCCUACGUCUGCCCCCAGUGCGGCCAAAGCUUCAAGAUCUCCGACCACCUGAAGAGCCACAUGAUGUCCCACAGCGGGUAUAAACCGUACGUGUGCCCGGAGUGCGGCCAGAGUUUCGCCCGUUACAUUAGUCUGAAGUAUCACCGGCUGAGCCACACCGGCGAGCGCCCGCUGUCCUGCCCAGAGUGUCCCAUGACCUUUGCCCGGCCACACACCCUUAUGAUCCACCGGCGACAACACACCGGGGAGACACCGUUCUCUUGCCAGGACUGUGGGAAGCAGUUCAAACAGGGGUGCCAGCUGAAAGACCAC